AGCAGCGUCUGAUUCUUGAGCUCUGAUUGGAGCAACCCGCGUCAGUCAAGAUUUGAAGCAAGUUUGGUUGCGUUUGUGGUUGUUGAUGUCGCUGUCAGAAGUCAUCCAGCAGCGAGGAGAGCUAACAGGUGACAAUGCAGUUCUUAGGCCGGCUGUUGGACACAGUCUCCUCUGUCUCAACCCUCUUCACCAACCCCUACCGGGUCAGGGAUGUGCCGCUGUCCGACUACCGAGGAGGAGGCAAAGUCAUGCUGAAGGAGGAGGGACGCAUGGUCCUGUACAAAAACGCCCAGUGCCAUUCAUGGGACUGUCUGCUCAUGUGCCCUGAGAUGCCCACUGUGACUCUGAGGCUGUUUCAGGUGGCGUCAGAAGAGGACGCCAUGAACUGGUUCCCCCAGUAUGCCCUCAAGCUUCGCCCCUUCUAUGAGACACUUCCUCUGAAGGCUGAGACCGCCCAGCCAAUUGUGGACUGCAUCCGCAACCACCCGGACUGGAGUUCUGCCCACAUUGCUGUGGAGACAGGCCUGAGAGAGUGUCUCAAACAUAACUAUGUCCAGAGUCAGAUCAAUGCUCGGGCUGCAGCAGGCCAGACGCCGCUGCACCUGGCGUGCGAGCGCGGCGACUCUGCGUGUGUGAAGGAGCUGUUGGACGAAAGCCAGGCUCGCACCGACAUCAAAGACCACAACGGAGAGACGCCCAUGCACUUUGCCGCCAAGCAGGAUUCUCCCGCCAUCAUCCUGGUCCUGUGCUCGCGGUUGUGCUCCGGGGUCAAUGAGCUGAACAACAACGGGGAGACGCCGCUCCACGUGGCCUGCCGUCUGGGACGCGUGGAGUCUGUGAAAGCUCUGUUGGGGGGAGGGGCCAAGUGUGAUGUCAUCGGUGGCGUUGGCUACCCCAUCCACAGUGCCAUGAAGUACAGCGAGAAGGGCUGUGUGGAGGAGAUCCUCAAAGCGGACCCAGGCCAGGUCCAGGCUGAGGACUCUUUGUAUGGUGGGACGCCUCUGCACUGGGCCAAAACUGCUGAGAUGUGUCGUAUGCUGCUGGAACAUCGCUGUGAAGUCAACUACCUCAGUAAAACCGGAGAGAGCGCCCUCCAUAUUCUGACAAAGAAGGGCCGCUUCGAGGCGGCUAUGGUGCUGCUCACCCACGGAGGGAACGCCAACCUGAAGGGCCAGGAAGGAAACACAGCCCUGCACCUAGCUAUGAAGAUGGACCACAUGGAGUUGAUCAAAGCUCUGAUUGUGUUCGGGGCUGAUGUGGAGAUCCACAACGACGUCGGAGAAACACCUGGACUCAUCGCUGCUCGCACCAGCAAAGGUCCUAAUAGAAAGAUACUGCUGGACAUGCUGUGUAGUGUAGGGGUCCAGAGGUGCCUCCCACCCUCCCCCGGCACUCCUUCCCCCAUCUCCAACAAGGCCAAUCCUCCAGGCAUAGGGUUUGAGGACAUCAUGUAUGUGGGGGCUGCAGUCAGUGCAAUGAGCAGAGGCGCGUCUGAAGUGGACGGCCACAGAAGGGAGAAAAAAAAGAAGGACAGUUUGCUGUGUCUGGAUGGUGGAGGUAUUAAAGGCCUGGUGUUGAUCCAGAUGUUAAUUGCUCUGGAGAGAGAGGCCGGUCGACCCACCAGAGAGCUCUUCGACUGGGUGGCAGGCACCAGCACUGGGGGCAUCCUGGCCCUCGCUAUAAUACAUGGUAAGUCCAUGGAGUACCUGCGCUGCCUGUACUUUAGGAUGAAGGAGCAGGUGUUCAAGGGUUCACGACCUUAUGAAUCAGCACCACUGGAGGACUUCCUGAAAAAAGAGUUUGGAGAGAACACCAAGAUGACAGAUGUCCGAUAUCCCAGGGUGAUGGUGACCAGUGUUCUAGCAGACAGACAUCCAGGCGAGCUGCACAUCUUCAGGAACUAUGACCCUCCCUCCGUCCACAGAGAGCCCCCAUACGCCACCACUGCCACAUUCAAGCCCCUCACCAUCCCACAAGAACAACUUGUGUGGCGAGCUGCACGCUCCAGCGGCGCUGCCCCCACCUACUUCCGACCAAUGGGCCGCUUUCUGGAUGGAGGGCUACUGGCCAAUAACCCGACGCUAGACGCCAUGUCAGAAAUCCAUCAGUACAAUAAAGCCUUAAAAGCAGAGGUCCAUGGAAAAGGAACCAAGAAGUUAGGUAUAGUGGUCUCCCUUGGUACAGGUAAACCUCCUCAGGUGGUGGUGAACUCCGUGGAUGUUUUCCGACCCUCCAACCCUCUGGAGCUGGCCAAGAGCUUUGUAGGAGCCAAAGAGCUAGGCAAGAUGUUGGUGGACUGUUGUACAGACUCUGAUGGCUGUGCAGUGGACAGAGCCAGAGCGUGGUGUGAAAUGAUCGACACCAUUUACCACAGAUUGAGUCCCCAGUUGUCUCAGGAGGUGAUGCUGGAUGAGGUGAGUGACGCAGUCUUGGUGGACAUGCUGUGGGAAACCCAGAUGUACAUGUACGAGAACAGGGAAACCCUCCAGUCCCUGGCAAAGCUGCUACUCGAAAACUGAAAAGAGAGGAACAUCACAAGGAGAGGCUACGAGAGAAGAUGGCACUAUGAGAGCAGAAGAGACGGAGAAUACGAGAACAGAAGAGAGUCCUGUGAAUAAAGUCAAAGACAAGAGUGACUGGACGGGGCACAAAGAUUAGUGAGCCAUGUGUCUGAUUCAAGACUGUAACGUCUGUGUUGGUGUGCUCUUUCUUUAAGAAAAACAGCUUGAGACGACGUGACCACACUGACUUUCAUAUUCACGCUGAAAUGACAGCACACAGCAGUAAACGGGAAACAAAACCGACAGUGAAAUAUAACACGAAAAAUACAACUGACUUAUCGUAGCCUAUUGAAAGGCAAGUAAUGUAGCAUCAUGUGACCUUAUCACUGACCUUAUCACUAUCAUGGUUCAUUAAGUUUUGUAUAUAAAUCAAUAAAUGAGAGCGUAAACUAUUCCCUUCUUUAGUAUGUGAAUACAAGAUAAAUGUUGGGGGAAGUAGCAUCAACCAAAUCAAACUAAAAGUAGCACAGACUGACUGUCGCCCACCCACUUCCCAUUGUGUGGAGUAACAUAUAGUCAGAGCCUGUUUGAAUACAGUUUGAAUUGGUUGUGAUAAAAGUACUGAUGCCUCCUUCCUCCUUCUCUUGUUCCUUUUUUUUUUUUCUAAACCAGAGGAGCUACAGUGGCACUGAAUAUACUGACAGUUUCCGUAAGGCCAUAUGAUCAAAGGGACCCUACAGUACCACUGCAGAAACUGCAGUGAACUGUAGCACAGCUUGGACGAACCAGUUCUGCCUUAUGUCUGUCUGGGACCCAAAUAUGUACCUUUUUCUUCUCCACAACACAUUGUCAUGCCAUUACUGUCUACUCUCAUUAAACACGAUAUUUAAGUUUAAACACAGUGAUAACUUGCUUGCACACUUUACACUGUUACAGCCUCUACUAUCAAACUGGACUUAAAAACUAGACUUGAAUUUUCAACUUACUUGAAGUACAGAAACAUGAGACCAACUGCUACUUGCACAACAUAAACUAGAGGUUACAAAUUAUUUCCUAUGUUUUUUGUAUUUGAAUUAAUUACUGAAGUGUAUACUGGUAUGGUAAUAAAAUAUAUUAAUAUGGACUAAA